AUGGAAGGGAUAUGGACCGGCCAUACAAUACACCAGGGUCUGUUAGAAGGGCCCGGGAACAAGUGCAAGAACCCAAACCCGAUUGAAUCCUCAACACCACUGCGACCACCGCCGCCAGGGUAUUCUCAGUCUAGGUUCGCGAAGAAUAGAAUGCCCCCUGGCCAGGACCCAAAGUAUGGCCCGGGAAUAUCAAGACCGACCCAGGUGCCACAGUGGCCGCUCACCAAUUCCAGUACCUCGCCGUCGACUUCUGUCGACCCAAGUUCAUAUCGGUCUUCCUCUUCGAAAUCACAACAGAUACCUCAGAGACCUCCGAGACCCAGCCCGAGCAGAAUUCCCUCCAUGCUUGACCAGGCAAAACCACAACAACCUACUCCUGUCUUCACCUCUCGAUCGGUCUUACCAGACACGUCACAAGAAAAGAACGACAAUUAUAAUGUUUCCUCCCCAUCGACCCCCUCAGAAAGCUCUAACCGGCAAACAAUAUCGUCUGUGGGAUCGAUACCUGACUUUCCGGUACCGAUUCCCGCGAGUUCUUCAGCACCGCCCAGGAAGAGUGCAAACUUGGGACCUCCACCUUCGAGCCGAAGAGGGGCAUCGUCUUUUUAUUCGAGUGCAUCAUACGUUUCUCCCAUACCCGAAGAAAGCCCGCGGUCAAGAUCUCAUGGGUCGUAUGCGUCAAGCGCGGCUAUGCCUGAAACAUGGCCCGCUGGAUCACCUGAGAUAGGCAGCCCUGCCUAUGGCGACGCAUUCUACGAAGAAUCGAUAACAGAAAAGGACAGAGAAUCUGGGUAUGAUGAGUUCGGAGAUGAGAGCCAAUUGGUUCGGAGUGCAAGCUUGGGUAAGAAGGGUAAGCCGGCAUUGAUUACCACAAAAAGGGCUAGCAGUUCUGGGACAAAUACCGGAAAAGAUCCAGCACCAGCGAAGACAGUACUCGAGAAUGACGGCUAUACGAGUCCGGCAACAAGUUCAUCCGAAUCUGUUUCUACCAUUAAAAAACCCCGAGCAUCGUUUAUCAAUACUUCGAGUAGGGAAAGUCUAGCCACGGAUGCUAUCCUGCAGCCUUAUGGUAGUGCAAGUUCAUCGGGCCCUAGAGAGUCUGUGCAACUUGGAGAUGUCCCUCGACAGCAAUCUCGCCUGUCGGCUAUGAAGCGUCCGCCCAGGCUUGAUAUCGACGCAGUUCGAGCGGCAGAGGCUAGGGGGAGUCUUACAAGCUUGCCAGAUUUGAUUCGGCGCGCAACCAGACUUGCAGCUAUGAUUGACAAGGGCAAACGGCCGGCAAGCAGGCUUGAUACUAUGGAAGGUUAUCUCACUGAAAAAGAUGACCUCCACCGAUCUGGAUUGUCAGACAUGCUGGCGGCCUUUCCGCCACCUGUUCAUACACCUCGAAACAAUACCAGCCGCAGCUCGUGGAUAAGAAGCAGCACAUGGCCAGCAAUCUCUGGACAAGAUCGACGUACUCAUUCACGUUCCCCGAGUGGUCAAAUUGAACCAAAGCCUAAACGACGAUGCUGUGGUCUACCCUUGUGGCUAGUCAUCCUUUUGGUCUUCUUACUUCUUAUCCUCAUUGUGGCAGCCAUAGUCGUCCCGCUCGAAUUUUUUGUUUUCAAGAACCUUGGCCAAAGAGACAAGGACCUCACUAUCGGUCAAUGCCAGGAGAGACUAACCUGCCUGAAUGGUGGUACCAGCGUAAUUUCCCAAGGCAAUUGUUCGUGUAUCUGUACCAAUGGCUUUACAGGUUCCACCUGUGGCGAUGGUGGUAACACCGGGUGUACGAUGACAAAUCUUGUUUCCACUGACGGACAGUCAAGUAUUACAAACGUGACAAUGGGCAGAGCCAUUCCACGGCUACUAGCUGAUGCCAACAAGAAUUUUUCUGUGCCACUGUCGGGCACCUCAAUUCUGGCUAGGUUUAACUCUGGAAACUUGUCAUGCAUUGCUCAAAAUUCUCUUGUCACGUUUGACGGUCGUUCCACAAGAUCCGGUCAAGCUACAGAUGAGGUGCAAGACAACACUCAAAACCAGGCGAACCUUGUCCUGAAUGUUGAAGAGUUCCCGGUGAUAUCAAUUAUUACUCUCGUGCCACCAACCACGACGACAACGACUACUGUGACUCCUCCUGUUACUGGCCAGAAGCCUACAACAUCAGUGGCGAGUUCAGCUCCCCCAGAAAAAUCUCAAACAACAAUACCACCAACUACCCCGGCCAAGUCGACCUUGACAUCCAUGUUCUUAUCGAGCCCCCUGCCUAUUUCCAGGUCAACUGCUACCACCACUAGCAGAGCUCCUUCAAAUUUCCCAGUCACAGAGGAAGUGCUUGAUUUCUCGCGGGUUGCAAUGCUCUACAUAUUACAACAGCAGACCGUGGACAGGGCAGUGUCUUCCCAAGCUGCACUGCAACGACUAUUUAGCAAGGCCAUGAGGGGUCAAACACAGAUAGGGAGUCAAGUCACGGAGCAGGAGGCGUCCAACGUUGAUCUUGGGGGUGGAAAUAGCAUCAACCUGGUCUCACUAUCUGUCAACAUUGGGAACGGACCAGUUGGGCGCAGAAAUGUUUAG